GAUUGUGAUACACAUAGCUGCUCGAACAAACAACUCUCCAGAGAAAAAAAUAAAAGAAAUUCUUAUCAGAAAAAAUACUUUAAAAAAAAGUACGGACCACACAAUCUCAGGAUGAUGAUGGAAGCUGGCGACGAAAGUGCUCCAAACGAGAACGAAUUCGACAAUAUUGAUAUCAAUCCGCCCCGUUUCGACGAUGAUUCAGCACAAACAAAUGGUGAUGGCAAAACCAACUCACAAGACGCCUCGAACAUUCCGGACCAAAUGAUCAGCAUCACAGUUGAAGAGCCACAGAAAGUUGGCGAUGGCAUGGGAUCGUAUAUUGCUUACAAAGUUUGUACGACGGUAAAACAGGUGCCUGGCUUCAAAAAAGCCCAAUCCGUGACAAUUCGUCGUUUCAGCGACUUCCUCGGUUUGCACGAACUCCUAUCGGGGAAGUACCUAAAAUCAGGGCACAUCAUUCCGGCACCGCCAGAGAAAAAUAUCAUCGGCACGACAAAGGUAAAAAUGAACCAGCAGAACGAAAUGAAGUCCAGCACGAACAACGAUUGGCUCGAAAAUCGUCGUGCCUCGCUCGAACGCUACCUAAAUCGCACGGCGCAAUACAAAGUCCUCCGCAGCGACCCGGAUUUCAUUAAUUUUCUCGAGAGUGACGAGGAAUUGCCGCGUGCCGUGAGCACAAGUACGUUAUCGGGUGCCGGCGUGAUGCGACUUUUCAACAAAGUUGGCGAAACUGUCAACAAAAUUACGUAUCGCAUGGACGAGAAUGACCAAUGGUUCAACGAAAAAAUCACGGAGAUCGAAGUCAUUGACAUCCAUUUGCAAAAGUUGUAUGCCGCCACGAAAAGUUUGUAUCUGAAUCGCAAGGAACUCGCUGCGUACACGGGAAAUGUCGCGAAAUCGACUGCCGUGCUAAGUGCGUGCGAAGAACACACGGGCCUCUCGCGACAAUUGUCUCAGCUGGCAAAUAUCGAGGAGAAAAUUGAACUUUUGCGAUCGGAGCAGGCGAAUUCCGAUUUGUACAUUUUGGCGGAGCAGAUGAAAGACUAUCUGGGGCUAAUUGGAGCUGUUAAGGAUGUGUUUCAUGAGCGUGUCAAGGCAUUCCAAAACUGGGAAUAUGCGCAAAUGCAACUCACGAAGAAGCGCGAGAAUAAGGAGAAGCUCGAGUUACAAGGCAGGAACGAAAAACUCGAUUGGGCUGACAAAGAAGUUGAAGAUUGGAACAACAAAGUAAUCAAAUUAGAGAAAGAUUUCACCAAUAUUUCGGAACAAAUCAAACGCGAAAUUGAAGAAUUUGACCUUCAACGUGUUCGUGACUUUAAGACUAUCGUAAUUAAGUACAUUGAGGAUCAAAUGGCGCAUCAAAAUCAACUGAUGAAAUAUUGGCAAGCUUACCUUCAAACUGCCAACGAAGCACUCUGAAGCACCCAACUCAACCAAUAAUUUGUAUUUUUUCAAAAAAAAAAAAUUGAAUAUAAUCAUUAAUCAUAUGCGAAAAAUUAUGAAUAAAAGUUAUGAAAAUCGAGAA